UGAAAUUACUUUUUAAAAAAUUCACUUUUAAAUAAUUAAUAAACAAAAAAAUCAUGUCAACAAAAUCAUUACAAUUGGAAAGAAUUAAAGAGCUUUUAAAUUCACAAAAUCCACUUGCAGCAAAAGAAUACAUCGAUGAUAUUGUUAAUUUUUUUGAUGCUCCAUUAACUAAAGUUGAACUUGAUUUGGCUUUGGAAAAACUAUUCAGCACCAAGUUCGGUACAAUUUUCUUUCUGAAAAAUUCCCUCAAAGCCAACAAACUCUUUCACGAAAGCAACGUAAACAUUUUUACACUUUGGUACAAUUUGCUAACAAAAAAUGUUACGAAUGCAAAUUUUGUUCCCUAUUCGAACAACAUUAUUCAGUGUUGCAUUCAAUUCAUUGCCUCGAGCAUUGCGCCAUCAGCAAAAGAGCGCGAAAGAGCCACCAUGGUUCUGCAGGUUCUUUUCGAAAAUAAGUUAGUUGAUGACGAUCUGGCAACUGAGGUUCUAGAACGAUCUCUCAAUAUCUUUAAUCUUAAAAAACCUCCGGAAAUGUUUGCCCAACAAGUUUUCAAACUCCUUGGUAUUAUAGCUCGAUACUAUCCGGCAAGUGUUUCGGAUGAACAAGCACAACGCAUAAAAAUUGAGUGUUUUAAAACGCUGGACGCUAACAUGGUUAGCCAAGAUGUUAUCCGCUAUAGAGCCCUCACCGGUGCCAUGGAAUGCCUUAAUGACUACCUUUACAAUUUUGCCCCAUCACCAGAGUCUGAACCUGAAACAUGUGAUCGAAUUUACAUGUCCACUAAAACUCUAUCCAUUCUUCCAGAUGACAUAGCCCAAAAAACUGCAUUUCGUGCUGGCUUAGACAUCUUUACCCAUCACUCGACACUAUUUUCCAAACAGAUUUACCGUGACUUUAAGUUUUGGCAUGAAUGCCUUGGAAAAUGGCUAGGAUCUGGUAUUUAUGAUGAACGUCGACGUGGAGUCUAUGGAUCUUAUGCAUUUCAUAAAAUUAUUGCGGAAGAGCUUAAGACAGACGGAGUCAAUUGCAAAAAUACAUUAGAAUUCGUGUUGAAUGAAUUUCGUAAAACUUUGGAGUCACCCGACUCAAAGCCCGCAGAAACUCGAAUUGCUAUUCGUGGAUUUGGUUCAAUGUCGUUGCUGUGUAAACAAUACCUGCCGACAAUGUUGGAAGAUAUGAUAUCAUUGGUUGUGCAGAAAUGUGAUUUAAUACUUAUGGCUGAUGAUACAGCAAUGAGAGAUUUAUUGGAUCACUUUCCUGAUUAUAUUCAUGCUCUAUCAACUGUUAUUAAAGAAAUUCAAAAUCCACAAAUUUCGGAUAUUUUGGCGGAGAAUUUGAAAAAUAUUAUGAUUCGAUUGAUACGUGAUUUUCAUUAUUUGCCACAACUUUAUUGUGGUAAUGUUGCGAAUUCGAUUUGUAAUGCAUUUAAUGCAUUGUAUUUGGCAGAUGUGACGCUACUGGAGAGAUUGCUAAAUAAGGUUAUUUUCGAAGGCGUUGUUUGGACAUGCUCACAUAAACACACAUUCGACGCAAAUGCCGAUUGGUCUGAAAACAUCGAUUGGAAGGAUAACAUAACUUACAAAUCUUUCAGUAUUCUUUGGGAAGCUAUCUUAGAUGAAUCAUCUGCAUCUCGAUCGUAUGACAAAUCAAUAAUUGUCGAUCGAAUUUUCGAUCAUUUAAUGUUAACCCUUUUCAAAAUUCUUGAAAAACUUGAUCUUCGAACGAAAAAACGUGUCUACAUAGAUGAAGAUGGUAAAGAUCAAGAACUUCAUUUUUGCGAUCCAAAUUUUGAUCUUUCCCCCAUCAAACCUAAAGAUUUUCAUAUAUUCAUAAAUCUUGUCGACUUUUAUAGAGAUCUUUGGCCAAAAUUCCAACGACAAUACACAUUGAAUUGGAUUGAAAAAUUUUGUGAAAGAAUGGUCAAAUUUGCCUUACGUUAUCCUCUCAUUAGUGGAUUUUUGAAACUUUUAGAAGUUGGUCUCAAAUCAGCUGAUCAACUGAGAGUUUUUGCUGAUAAUUUAACACCAAGCUUGGAAGUAACUCUUGCACAUGCCUUCAAGAUAAUGAUUAUAAAAUGCCAAAGAGUAUCAGGAGAACUACAAAUUGCAACAAUUGAACUUGUUCUUCAAUAUCCUGUAAAAUUUUAUCGAAAAUCUUUACUCGAUAUGAUUCCAGUUUUCGAAACAGCAUUUAAUUUGGGCAAGUCUAUGGCUUGGUUGGCUAAUCUGGCAAUUACUUGUUUAGAAAAAAUUUCCAAAUUCAAUGACAGUGAGGAUUUGAAAACGCUCUAUGAGAAAGUUCUACCUUUAUUGGAUUCUUAUCUGCAAGGCCAAAGCAACAUUGAGUAUUUAAGCAUUAGAGAAGGUCGUGGUGGAAAUAAAAUACGUAAAACAGGAAAAUCAAAUAAAACCCAUAUCGAGUUUUAUGACAUUCAGGCAAAAAUUGUAUCACUUUUGGGUACGUUACAUCCCGAAGCUGCUGCUGUACUCGUAAAUAAUUCAGCGAAAAAUGAAAAUCUUGUCAAAUGGGAUUCGCAAAAGUGUGUCCAUUUAAAUUUAAAACUUCCCGAUAUGAGUCUGACGAUUCAGUUAGAUGCUUUGGUUCCUCGUAUCUGUCAUCUUGCAUUGACCUCUACCGAUCGGCAGACGAAAAUUGCUGCAUGUGAGCUGGUUCAUGCUUUAGUCUUGUAUCUAAUCGGAGCCCGAGGUCAUCGGGGUCAAAUAUGGAAAGAACUUUGCAGUAAGGUCUUGGAACUAGGAUGUGACGGUGAUGCAACAGUGCAACAAAUAUUCGAACCAUUGCUCAUGCAAGUGAUGCAUUUUAUGUCAAAAUACGAAAACCUUGAUAGAGGCGUCGAAGAAAUAAUGGAUGCAUUGAUGGAUGGGAUUUCAAGUAAAUCCAACUUUGGUUUGCGUGAUUUAUCAGCUUCUUGUUUGCGAGAAUUCGUUGAAUGGAGUAUUAAACAAACCACACCACAGCAACUGGCAGCAUCUCCCGUAAGCAUUGAAAUCAUUCUAGGACGAUUGAAGAUGUACAGCUUCGAUUCGGAUGCUAGUAAAAGAGUUGGUGCCGCUCUAGCAUUUAAUAACCUCUACCGUCGACUGAGAGAAGAAGAGUCCAUAUGCGAUAUAUUCUUUGUGGAGCUUUUGCAUACGUUUUGUGUGAAUUUUAAACUUAGCGAGGAACUUACCACAAUGCCACCAAAUGAUGAUACAAACCCAGAUUUAGAAAUGAUCUCAGAUUCCUUGGAUCAUAUUUUGAGAGUACUUUCAGAACGAAGUUAUUUGUUCGAAAAAGAAUCGAGCAAACGUAGAGUUCCGAGUGCUCUUAAGUCAGGCACUCUCAGGGACAUUUUGAAGUUUCUCAUUUUUGAAGCUGGUUCCAAAAAAAUAUUCUAUCGUCGCAAAUGUAUAAAACUUGCACAUUCCUUGGCUCCAAGAAUCACAGGAUUAGGCAGUGUUUGGGAUUUCUUUCAAACCGAUUCGUUUAGUGAUGAUAACCUGCGAACAAUUUGUGAAGGAUCGGUGGAUGUUUUUGGUAUCAGAGCUCGACCUGAUAUAAGUUUUUUGGAACUCCUAAGAAAUGAGAACCCAGUAAAAAGUCUAUACAAUUGGUUGGAAUAUUUAUUGGGAUCACUCGAAUGUUACAUUUGGCUUCUCAGAGAAAAAGCAAUCUACAAAGGCAAACAUUUCUUUCGAGGAACUAAUAUUUUAUGCGCAAUUGAAUGCUUCUUGGAUAAAAUCUUAUGGAAACCAAUUACUGAUAUAAUUGAAAAUCCAUCGUCCUCUAACAUUACGGAAAUAUCAAAUAACAUGGAUGUUUUGAAGUGCCUUAUAGUGAUACAUAUUGUUGAUUUCCUAAUUGAAUUUCUGCAAUCCGAGUGUGCUUUAGAAGAAGGGGAUGCUUUUUGGACCCCAAAAAUAAAUCAACUUCUACAGGAUUUGGUUCUACAGCUUAUCUAUGAACCUAAAAGUCUCCAUUUAGAUUUUCGUUUAGAAAAAAUAUUCUCACAACUCGAUAAUCGAGUGCAAAAAUUCUGUAAGCAAAUUCAAACAAAUUGUCCCAAUACGCAACUGUUCAGUCAAAUCAAUCAGGAAAUGUUUGUCACUCUUGUUCGCCAGUUGGACAGUCUUUCACAAGAAAUGAGUAAUAUGUUCAAAAUUGGUGGUGCCUUUGCUACAAAACCAUCUUAUGUAAGUGGAAUUUUGCACAUUCUGAAGAUAACAAAUUUUGAAGAAAUGGAUUCUAGUAAUUUGCAAACUCUUAUUGGAAUUUGUGAUCGAAUUAUGAAACUACUAUUUGAUGGGAUAAAGCGUUCAAGUUUUGGCAAAGAGGUUGCUGUUACGUUAACAGAAAAUAUUAAAUCUUUUGCAAAUAGUUUGAUGCGUAUUGCUUUUGGGGUGAAAGACUAUUCCCAGGAUAUUGUUGAAUUUUUACUAAAUGAUGUGGAAUUGUAUACAGCAAAUCUGGAUUCAAAAAUUAAACACGGGCAAUUGUACUUUGAACUGUAUGAAAAAGUUAUUUAUCAUGAAGUUGCUUUGGGUUUCUUUGAAAAGUGUUUCGGUCUUUUCCCAACCAUUAAUGAUGAUCAACAAUCUUACCUUCUGAGAAUACUAACAGGAAUUCUCGAAUAUAAAAGCAAAUCCACUCGAAGCACUAGCACAUCGUUUAGAAAUAUAAUUGAUACAUGCAUUCAAAAUUUGCAAAUUCUUAUUGAAAAUUAUGCUCAGAAACAAGAAGAAUUUUAUUUUAUUGAAUUCUUGAGAGUCCUUGCAUCGAUUGCAAGUAAUGAUCCAAUGGAUAUAAAUGAACAAGUUCCAGCUUUGGGUCAAUUCAUAAUUACAAAACUAUCUUCAACACAAUUGAAUUUGGAGAAAAAAUGCAAAAUAAUAACAAUUCUUCCUCUCAUGGUGGGUGUUAAUGAUUUUGAAAAAGCAGACUUAAUGGCUGCAUUGGAACAUCUUCAGUGUCAACAUUUUCCAUUACGAUCAACUGAGUUUGCUAAAAACAGCUUACAGGAGACAAGUCUUAAAUUUGCCUUUGUAACACUUCUCAAUGCUUUGGUGGGUUCAAAAUCAUAUGUUUUAUUGGAAUUCCUCUUUAAAUGUACUGCCUCAGAUGAGACUCAUUUAAUGGAAGACAUAAUCCGAAAAGAACUUAAAUCAUUUACAAUAUGUUUGAGUGAUGAUCAGCAAGUCGAGGUAUUAAAACGAACUCUUACGACUGUCCUCAACGAAUCCUAUGAGCCAACAAUUCGAACAACUAUCUAUCGACGGUUUUUAUUAAAUAUAUUCAUAAACUGCUCUGAAGAAGCACUUCUAGUCUUCUUUAAGGAGAAAAUUAAACUUAUAAAUAUGCUUGUCGAAUCAAAUUAUAGAGUCGGCACGUCUGGAAGAGCCGUUGAACAGGCAUUGGCUAAUCGUAUCAUCGGUUAUGGUCUAAUAGAACAUUUCUUCGGAACCGUUCGGAAAGAACUUUAUUGGAGUGUUACAUGUCCAAUUGCAAUUGAAUUGCUAGGCAAACAACCAAACUCAGGUGGAGAACUUGUUGGAACUUUCACAAAAAAGGCCUUCUAUGUAAGAACUGAAGUAUUUUCAACUGAAAACAAAGAAGUUCUUGAACUCUUCCGGCAAUACCAGUCUUCAGCGUAUUGUGCUCUAUGUUCCUUAGUCAGCAACACUCAGACAGAAUUAAAAUUCUAUUCAAAAUUUUUAUUUGAAGAAAAUUCAAGAAAAAAUGAACUUAUUUGGGCUAGACUAGUUGACUGUUCAUCAAACAAACACUAUGCCUUUUCUGGUCAAGAAAUGGAAGAAUAUGCAAAAAUUAAAAAACGUUUUGUUUCCAUACGUAAACUUGAUGUUAGACCUUCGGUCAAAUUAAAUCAAAUCACCUCAUCGAGACGUCUACAAACACAAAAUAUUAUGGAAUCAAGUUUAAGUCAAGAUGUUAGAGGAAUCGAUAUGACUUCCUAUUCAGUUCGACCAUAUGCUGAAGCUUUGAAGCGACAGGAAUUCAGAUCUGCUGAAAUUCAAUCGGUUCGAUUGGAAAAUCAUGAUGUCAAUAAACAUGAAGUCAUGGCCAUGCUAUGUGGUGUCAUUAAAUUUAUGUAUUCAAAUAAUAUUACACCUGUAAUAGCAGAUACAAGUAUUAAGCGAUCUUAUCCUUGGGUUCAAGCAAUUGCAAAUAGCAUUGGAAGUUGUGAGAGUCACAAGAAUAUUCGAGUAUUUCUUGCACAAGUUGUUGAUAAUUGUAAUGAAGUUUUUCAACAAUUUGCUCAUGUGCUUUUUAAACCGAUUCUAAGGAUGCUUGUGGAUGAGUGUGCUGGAAGUACAUUGAAUUUUUUCAUCACCGAUAUGAUUGCUAUGCUUGUCACUUGGUCCUCUAAAAACUUGCAUCAACCUCAUGCCGCUGAUGAAGUCUCCCUCGUCCAAGAACUUCUCAAGUUUGUUAUGAAAAAUGCUUGGAGUGAAACUCGGGAAAUUCUAAAGUUCAACUUGGAAAUUGUACAAACCAUGUUGUCUGUGUGGAAAGAUGUCAUUACUGUGCCAACUAAUCUCCUUCUCGACAUGAUUACUCGAACUCAACGAAAUGAUUCGGAUGCCAAUGAAUGUGGAAUUGUUUUCUUGGGAAUGAUUCUAUCAAAUGAUCUUGUUCCAUGGACAGAUUUUAACAAAGUUCUCUACAUUAAUGCAAUUUUAACAAAUAUUGAUAAUCUUAAACCAAAUGUCUAUCAACCAGCUGCAUAUUCCUUAGGAGCUGCACUUGGUGCUUUAUCAAAGUCCAACGAUCAAGAUAGUGCAGAUAAUCUUUUUAAAGAAAUUCAAAAUCGUUUGCAUUCACUAAAUAAUAAAAAAGAUCGAAAAUGUGAAAAACGUUUUACCGAUAUUCUCUACAAUAUACAUAAAACAAGUCCUCAUAUUGUUGAUCGAUUGCGAGAAGUGAUAUGCUUUAAAAUACCUACAGCAAUUGGAACAACUAAACGGAGCUAUCUUGAAAUGAUUUUAUCUAGAAUUGAAUCAUUCGAAGAAGAUGAUGUUUAUAAUACGAUUAUAGGAAUUGGAAUCAAGGAUCUACUAAAACAACCUGACUUUCAGCUACUUGCCUUACAUAUUCUUAAUCGGGUACUACCGAUGAUUAAAAACCAUGAUAUAACAGUGCUCUUUGAACUUGUUGAGGAUUCAUUGCAGUUGCAACGUAUUGAUUGUCGAGAUAUUGGCUACGAAAUUUGUAUAUAUGCUGCUCAAAAUUUCAGCACUGACCUUCGGAAAAAGGCAAUAAAGUUAAUUCUUAGAGGACUGAGUGAUCCAGAAGUCGAUAUUCAAAAACGAAUCUAUCAAUUUUGGUCGAAGGAAGCUCAAAUCUCUUCAAAUCUAACCGAACGUAUUCUGUUUCUUCUACAGAACUAUGCUCUCGAUGGAGAAAGAAAUUUCCUUGGUCUUUGUACUCAACUUAUCCUUGAUCCAGCAAUUGAAUGUCCCGAAUCGAAAAAGCAGAUAUUUCAAUUCGAAGAUGAUCGAGACUCGAAAUUACAUGAAUAUCACAUCAGCACAAAACUAAGAAGUCGUGCUACUUACACUCUUCCACCAAUGUUUGCAGAGUCUACACAAGCUCGGCCAAGUCUAUUCAAAGCUACACAAUUAUGCAGUUUGGUUAGGAAUACAAAUGCCGAGUAUGUUUUCGAACCAACUCAAGACCCAAUCGUUGUGACUCAACCAAAUGAGAAAUUCACACUUCAGAGUCAAAAUUCAAUGCCAUUUCAAAUAGGAACUCAAGUCCUGAAUCGAAGAUCACAACUUGUGGGAGUGAAGAAUCUGAGAGAAGAUUCGGCAAGUGCACUUCGACGACGUAGGUUCCUCAAAGAUAAAGACAAAGAACAAAGAGAUAAAGUUUUGAGAGUGGUUAGUGUGAGACAGAAGAAUGUUGAAGCGACAAAUCGCAAAGCGAUUGAGAAUGAUGUGGGUUUGUAUCGUCGAUAUCGAUUUGGUGAAUAUCCAGAUUUACUUAUCAACAAUCUUGCAUUUCUGCUUCCCCUCCAAGCACUGGCAAGAAGGGAUAUUCAAGUUGCGCAACAAUUAUUUGUAGCAAGUUUGACUGGGAUACUUGAAGCAAGGGAAUGUAAUUCAGCUGAAUUUCUCCAAAAAAUCGAUGAAAUCUUUAAACAAAUUUUAAUUGAUUCCACCACUUGUGAUUCGACAAUCUUUUCUGCGUUGCUAGAAGUUAGUUUAGUUAAACCGGGAGCCUUUAAUCUACCACCAGAUCAGGUGGCUAGAGUUGCAAAAGAAUCGAAAAAUUUAACCCUUGGAGCGUUGUAUUUGGAAAAUCGUCUAAUUUCCGAUUGGGAACAUGAAAUCGCAGAGACUUUGGAACCUGCUCAUUGGUUACAAUUGGCAGAUAUUUAUAGUUCUCUCAAAGAAUACGAAGUGGUUUCGUCAAUAUUUGCUGAUAAACUUCGUACAGAUCCAAGAUUAGCAACUGCAAUUGAACUGAGAGCAAACGGUCGAUCAGAUGAGGCACAAACAUUACUUGUUGAGGUUAUUGGUAGGAAUGUUCAUAUGGAGCACUAUUAUGCCUAUAAUUGUUACUAUGAAUGUUCAAUCGAAUUGAGCGAUUGGUCACAUGUAACUGAAGCUAUUAACAAUGAAAUCGAUGAUCUAGAAGAACUCUGGACAGAUAAAUAUAAUUUGAAUUUUCUCUUACCUAAAUUGAUGCAUGCAAAAAUUCAAUUACUCCUUGAAGGUGAUGCAGAGAGUAAAGCAUUUUUGCGUACCAUUUCUCAGUGGAUGUCGAUAUCACAGAAAGCAAAUCAUAUGAAAAAUGAAUUCUGUGAAGAACUUAUGAUGUUGUCGAUUGUUACUAAAGAUUAUCGUCAAUGUCGGGUGCUGUAUGAGAAUUAUUUGAAAAAGUUUCUGCGAGAAUGGAGUAUUACCGGAUCGUUCUGCACUAAAACAAAGUUGGAUAGUUUACUUGGUGCACAAAGAGUGGCAGAGAUUGAUUUGUAUGCUCAAAAAUUUUUAAAUGGUUUUGAUGAAUACUGCAGUGACGAAGUAUGUAAAAGAUGGAAUUCAUGCAAUAUUGACCCAACUGAAUCUUUACGUAUGUGGAAUACAAUAGUGGGAUAUAGAAAGUAUAUUGCAGCACUGGCUUCGAAGACAAUGCAGGAUGAACAGAUUGAAGGACCACAAAGAGAUUUAAAUAGAUCAGUUUACCAUAUGCAAACCAACCUCUUCAAUGCCGCCGAUCAUCAGAAAAACUUUGCUCUAGCACAGAGAGUUUUUGAUCGCCUGAUGCCUCGACGAUCAGAACCAAUCGAAUUGAUAACUCAUGAGCUAAGUAGGAUAAAAAAUAUUUUCCUACAAACACAUCGAACACCAGAUUGUGUCGGUUAUAUUGAAACUUCUUGGAAAGCAAUAACAAAUGUCUUAAACAAGCCUCUUAUUUCAAACUAUCCUGAUAAACAUAUUGAAGCUUUAGAUUUGAAUACAAAAAUUGCAAUUCAAACCAUCGAAAAGCUCGAAAAAGGUAGAUUCAAUGAAACGGAAGUUAUAACCUUGAAACGAAUAACAAAUAAUAAAUCAAAUGAUCUUAAAUUUGAUUUUAUUGAACUUGCUAUGGAAUCACUUAAGACUAAAGUAGGCGUAGCUAAUACCUCUCCAACAAUCGAUUCAAAAAUUCUAGCUGAUAGCAAUUAUAGCUUGGCACAAUUUUCUUAUGAUAUCUUGAACAAAAUCGACUCAAGUAAAAAACCGGAGUUUGAGGAGAUAUUCCUAGAAUCUGUGUUAGAAGCUAUGAAAUAUGGUUCCAAAGAAGCCUGCCAACUAUUUCCAUGUGUCCUUCAGCUAUCAUCAAUUGAAAGUGGUGUACUUCGGGAUCGUUUUGGAGAGUGCUCGGCUGAUGUUCCUGUGUGGACUUAUUUAGUCUGGAUCCCGCAGAUCUUAUCACGAUUUCAACUGAAUGAACCCUGCUACUUAGAUCAUAUUGUACUGAAAAUUGCUGAUAAACAUCCUGAAGCAUUGCGUUUUCCAUUUUCAACUUGGUAUAAGCAAGCCAAGAUCAAUUUCAGUUUAUCAAGACUUGAAGGAGGACAUUACAAUGAUCGCAGUGUCAUUCGUCAGAUUAUGAACAGCCUUCAGCAUGACCUUUGUGAUAAAUUUUUGAAAAGCUUUAGAUACCUUGCUGUCCCUGAAGCCUUUCUCCUGUCUGAACUCGAAAGCUUUGAUAGAGAUAUUCGAUCUAUAUCAAACAUAAGCGAUACCCAGUUUUCAAAAAUCACUGAAAACCUCCUAAAGGAUGUAUAUUGCGAAGAAGAAGGCCUCCAAGGAGUUGCAUAUCGAAGAUUGUUAAAAUACAAAUCCGAACUUGAAAGUAUUAAAAAUAUGUCAGUAAGUUGUGAUGAGAGUCGCAUUCGAAAGAAGUUGAAUGAUAUAGUUCGAGUUUUGCGAAAGCAACUUAGAUCACUCGAAACCACUCUUCGUUUGGAAACAAUUUGUCCCUGGUUGGCUAACUAUCAAUGGUGUGGCGAAGAAGAAUGCACAACACUGCCCGGACAAGAGAGUAACCUAGAAGUAUUGGAAAGUGUAAAGAUUGUAAGAUUUGGUGGUAAAGUUCAAGCUCUUGUCUCAAAGAGUUAUCCAUUGCGAAUAUCAAUUCAUGGUAGCAAUGGACACAUUUAUGAUUUUCUUGUUAAACAUGGAGAAGAUCUAAAACAAGAUCAACGAAUUCAACAGAUUCUCAAAUUAAUGUCACAGAAGUUGAUUGAAGAUCAAAAAUGUCAGUCCUACAAUUUGUUUAUUCGAACUUAUCAGGUGAUUCCGAUCGAUAGAAAUUGUGGAAUACUAAGUUGGGUUAAGGACACAGUCUCAUUGAAUGAUUUCGUUAUAAAUUGCUUCGAAAAACGAUGCAGUCAAAGUCGAAAUAUCAUUGAAGGAUUAAUGGAAAGCUAUUUGGAAUUUAUUGGAAAAUCUCAACUCCCAUCAUAUGCUGCUACUAUGAUGUAUGGAAUAUAUGGAUUGGCCGCAAGUAAAUACACCAGGGAAGACUUGAUUAAGAAUCUAAGAUCUCUGGAAAAUAUUGUAGAUUAUGAUAUAGUUAAGAAAGCUUUAAUGGAUUUAGCUUUAACUCCAGGAAGUUUCUUUGCAUUACGGAAUAAUUUUGCUACUUCAAUGUCUGCCAUGAAUAUAGCCCACUGGAUUUUGGGAAUUGGUGAUCGGCAUUUGAAAAAUACUCUAAUUGGUAUUAAAGAUGGUUCUAUGACAGGAAUUGAUUUUGGGCUAACUUUUGGUUCUGGUACACGUGAUCAAAAGGUGCCAGAGUUGGUGCCUUUCAGAUUGACUUCACAUCUUGUGAAUUCUAUGGCCCCAAUGGGCACAUCUGGAUUAAUUUUUAAAUGCAUGGUUCAUUCAUUGAGAGUUUUUCGAAGUGUAGAUCGUUUAUUAAUGGCUUAUAUGGAAGUAUUUAUACGUGAACCAUCUGUCAAUUGGUUGGAUAUAGCAAUGAAGAAAAUCAACGAAGACGAUGAUUCGGUUUUGAGUGAAUGGGAGCCAAAAGACCGCAUUGAUAUUGCCAGAUGUAAAUUACAAGGUUAUAAUCCAAUGUAUCUUUUUGAAAGAGAACUUAAUGCUGGAGUUGUAGCUACAAAUGUCGAGUACCUUGAAGGAUACAUGAAGAUUUUGCGAGGUCAUAGUCAAUUUAAUAUACGUUCAAGACUACCCAAAGAUAAAUUGUCAGUUGAAGACCAAGUUAAAUGUUUAAUUGAUCAAGCUACUGAUCCAGCUGUGUUAGGAAUAUCCUAUGUGGGAUUUUCGCCUUGGAUUUAAAGGAUUAUUUUAUUGUUUCGUUUGUUUAUAUAUUUUAUAUUAUCUUGUUUAUUUUUAUAUCAAGAGUAAUUUUUAAUUCGCUUGUUCGUAAAAUGUAAAAAAAAAAAAAAAACAAAU